AUGGCGAGAACGAAACUUAAUUCUAUGGGUGACACCGAGACCAAACCAAAGACGGGCGAAAAAAGAUCAUUUGAUUCUUCGAACACUACGCAGACAACGAAACGGCCAAAGUUACAGGAACGUACAGAUUACUCUCGAUGGCGUUUACUCGACGAAAGAGGUAGGCAGACAUGGCAUUACCUUGAAAAUGACGAAGAUGCUGCGGAAUGGCCUCAAACAACUGCAGACAAGUAUUUCUUAGGAUUGCCAACAGGUUUACCGGAUCUUCCAAAAGCUCAGAGUCCCCUUGAUUCCGUCAACAAUUGCCUCGAAUUCUUUCAACAACUCCAGCUUCCUCCUGGCAAUUGGGCAUGUGAAUAUGGUGGACCAAUGUUCCUGCUUCCCGGCUUGGUUAUCACUUGGACUGUCACCGAAACUCCAAUCCCGGAUCACAUUGCGACAGAAAUAAAAAAUUAUCUAUUUGCGCGAGCACAUCCAGAUGAUGGGGGCUGGGGGCUACACAUUGAGGCAGAGAGUAGCGUUUUCGGGACUGCCAUGAACUAUACUGUUCUCCGAUUAGUCGGAGUCAGUGAAGAGGACGAACGAAUGAUUAAGGCUAGAGGAACAUUACACAAGCUUGGUGGUGCCAAGAAUGGACCGCAUUGGGCAAAGUUCUGGCUGAGCGUACUCGGUGUAUGCCAAUGGGAUAUCGUCAAUCCCGUACCGCCAGAGUUUUGGUUGUUACCCAACUGGGUACCUUUCCAUCCUUGGAGAUGGUGGAUUCACAUGCGCCAAGUUUAUGCACCCAUGUCAUUCAUCUGGUCGAAGAAGUUCGCAUACAAAACGACACCCAUUGUUGAGCAAUUACGACAAGAACUUUUUGUAGAACCGUAUACAGAUAUCAACUGGGCAGGAAACCGCAACAGCAUUCAUCCAGGAGACAAUUAUCAUCCCAAAUCGUGGCUCCUAAACACAGCAAAUUGGUUUCUCGUUAAUAUCUACAACCCAUAUCUCCGGACUGAUGCAUUGGCAAAGCAAGCCGAAGAUUGGGUAUUUAAACUAAUUCAAAUGGAAGAUAAGAAUACCGACUUCUCCAAUCUCGGACCUGUCAAUGGACCCAUGAAUUUCCUUGCGUGCUAUAUUCGAGAGGGGCCUAAUGCGUAUUCGGUACAACGACAUCGAGAACGAAUGGCUGACUUUAUGUGGGUCAAGGAUGAAGGUAUGCUGAUGAAUGGAACAAAUGGAGUACAAUGCUGGGAUACCGCAUUUUUAAUUCAGGUCGUGAUGGACGCUGGUUUGGCUGAAGAUCCAAGAUGGAGACCCAUGUUGACUAAAGCACUCGAGUUCCUUGAGGAUCAACAAAUUCGAGAGAAUGUCGACGACCAAGAUAUUUGCUAUCGUCAACAACGAAAAGGAGCAUGGGGCUUCAGUAACAAAGAUCAAGGAUAUGCUGUCAGUGACUGUAUCUCCGAAGCUUUGAAAGCCGUUUUACUUCUACAACGAACGCCUGGCUAUCCAACUUUGCUGGAAGACCAAAGAAUUUUUGAUGCCAUUGAUACUCUUCUCACAUACCAGAAUAAAUCUGGUGGCUGUGCAUCUUAUGAGCCAACUCGAGGUUCAGAAGCCUUGGAAAUGUUAAAUGCAGCUGAGGUAUUCGGUAGAAUCAUGAUCGAAUACGAUUACCCCGAGUGCACAACCGCUGUGGUUACAGCAUUAUCAUUGUUCUCAAAAUACUAUCCGGAUUAUCGCGCAUCGGAAAUCAAAGCUUUCAAGGGUAGAGCUAUUGAUUAUAUUCGAAGAGCCCAAUAUGCCAAUGGUAGCUGGUAUGGCAGUUGGGGUAUUUGUUUCACAUAUGCUGGAAUGUUUGCUCUGGAAAGUCUUGCAAGUAUUGGAGAAACCUACGAGAAUAGUGAGCAUGUAAGAAAAGGAUGUGACUUUUUUAUUUCCAAGCAAAGAAGUGAUGGUGGAUGGUCUGAAAGCUAUAAGUCCUGUGAACAAGCAGAGUAUAUCGAGCAUCCAUCUGGUUCUCAAGUUGUACAGACAGCUUGGGCAUGUAUUGCUUUGAUUGAGGCCAACUACCCAGAUCGUGCACCGAUCGAAAGAGGAUUGAAGCUUAUCAUGGGUCGGCAACAAGCUAAUGGCGAAUGGCUGCAGGAGGCCAUUGAGGGUGUAUUCAAUAAGAGUUGCAUGAUCUCGUAUCCUAAUUACAAGUUCAUUUUUCCAAUGAAAGCUUUGGGAUUAUUCGCCAAGAAAUAUGGAGAUGUUGAACUUUUGUAA